AUGCCCGUCGUAAACAGAUUUGUAAUAUAUGACAAACAAAGUACUUCCGGUCGGCUGCACUUCCUCUGAGAAUAUCGGUGGACAGCAGCAAGGAAAAAACAAAUGCUGGCAACCAGAGCCCUGAGUCUUGUUGGCAAACGUGCCAUUUCCACGUCUGUCUGCUUACGUGGAAGUCAUGGUGUUGCCAAGGUGGAGAGCUACACUCUCCCUGGUUACUUUGACACACGGGAGAACCCCCUUCCCGAUGUCAGCUAUGUGCAGAACCUGAGUACAGAGCAGCAGUCGCUCAAGGAGAAGGAGAAAGGCUCAUGGGCCGCACUCUCUAAUGAGGAGAAGAUAGCAUUGUAUCGCAUCAGCUUCAAGCAGAGCUUUGCUGAGAUGAACCAAGGAUCAUCUGAGUGGAAGACUGUACUUGGUGGGGUGUUUGUCUUUUUUGGCCUCACUGGUCUGGUGGUGUUCUGGCAAAGGAAAUUUGUGUAUGGACCAGUUCCUCACACGUUUGAGAGAGAGUACAAGGAGAAAGAGUUGCAGAGGAUGCUGGACAUGAGAAUGAACCCCGUGGAAGGCUUCUCAUCAAACUGGGACUACGAAAACAAGCAAUGGAAGAAGUAAAUGAACAAGCGGACCACGUCUCACAUUUGAAAAUAAAAGCUGAGCAAUGGAAAGAUCCAAUAAUGCCUGCAUUACUGUAUUGAUCAGCCAUCCACUUUACCUCUGUGUGAUCAUUGUGGAAGACCUCUUCCUCUUAUGUUCAUUGUAUAUUACAGAAAUAAAAUAUAAAAAUAUGAAUCCUUAA